UUUGUUCUCCAUCCACCAUCCCACGCAAUGCCCCCCAAGAGACCUCCGCCCCUCCCCAAGAGCCUCUUCGUCGGCACAGGUCCCCUGGCCCCAGGCUCUGCAACUCUGCCCCCUUCUCCCACAACCAUUCACCCCAGCUUUAUCAUCGACUCUCACUCAUUCGUGACGUCCCACGAACCCACUCCAGACCCGAUCUACCACGGCCUCAAGGCCGAGUACCCAAGGCCGCCCGUCAAGCAUGCGGUGCAGGUCAAGAUGAAUGUCAGUGCUGAACCUGCUCAAUCCGUCCUUGGUGUCAAGCCGUUCUCGAUCCACCCCACCAUUCUCAACCUCGCCCUUGCCACCCCGCCGUCUGUCACCAACAUUGCCAAAGGCGCGGUGGACAUCAUUGUUCCGUCCACCGUUCCUUUGACAGAGAAGGACUGGGAUCUGCUUGACGAGGCCGUCGAUGCGCUCGAUGGCUGUUGGGGCCAUAAGGACGAAGGGAAAGAGCCUCGCGGAAGAAUCGUCAUCUCGGGCCUUCUCCUCCCUCCUCUCACCACACCAUCUUCUUUCUUGAUCCACUCGGAGGCCUAUAACCUCCACCUUGCCCGACUCGCCUCAUUGUCUCUCCACCCAAACGUGUACUUGAAGGCUCUUCCUCCUGUCGUCGAUGCUGCCUUGUUGAAGAAGGACGGUAGUCCCGCUUGGUGGACAAAUAGACCUGAGCUAGAGAGGGUCAUGAGGAUGUAUAUUGCUCAUGCAAUCGAAACCUUUGGCACUCAUCGAAUCAUCUUUGGUUCCUCCUCCGCUCUUCCCCUAUACGACCUCGAGCGUGUCAGCCAUACCGUCAAUGAGCUCGAGCAGCCCAUCAGCAAUGGCGAAUGGUACUCUGUGCUGAGAAAAUGUGUCACGGAAUUGGGAGAAGGUCUCGAGGAGACGACCGGGAUAUUCGGGGAGAAUGCCAAAGCGGUCUAUGACUUUUCAUGUUAGGUUACGCGUCUUUGACGCUGAUGGCAGGCGGCCAAGGCAUAUGCGUCUUUGCGAAGACCAUAGAAGAACUGGGAGCUGGGAGAGAGAUAGCUUUACAUUACACACAACUGAUAUCUGUCCACAUUUGACUAUGACGACCGGACGAUCUGUUACGAAAGAUUCUGUUUAUAACGCCCUAGAAUAAUAACUUUGCUCUUUGUUGAUUUCGACAUGUAUACCCUGAGCCAGAGUGUG